UUGGUGUCAGUCGGUUUUCGGAUCACUUGCCGAUCAGUCGAGCUGACCACCCCGGGGAAAAGAUGCUGAACGGAAAAUUCUACACGGGCCUGCCGCCCAAAAUGGUGGAGCGUCAGGCGGUGAAGGUGUGCAAUCGUCAGGAGUCCCACUUCUUUUGGCCUGACGAUUCUGGCCUGGACUCGGCGGUGGAGAAUCGGGUCAGGCGCAGGAACAGCCAGCAAAUGGAGAAACCCUUGCCCCGCGUCACCACUGUAGUGGAUAGCCCCAGUGAGGUGGAUACACGUCGAAUGUUUCACAAGGAGUUCGCCAGCUCCUCCAUUCAGUUCUUCGAUAAUCUGCAAUCCAAUUCUGGCAAUCGACCGGCCCUGAGGAGAGGAGUACGCACUUCGGUGACCCCAAAACUCACCGAAAUCAAGCCCCAAGAGGUGGAGAACAACGAGGUGGAUACCUCGAAGCGACGCCAGCAGGCCUAUGCGUCGAAAAUUCAGUUCUACGACUUUGUCAACGAAGAAGACACCCAAAACAAUGUUAGGAGGCCACAGAUGGACCUUAACGACAAGCGAGAAGUCGAGCUCAACUCGAAGAACAGCCCCAAGCUGCAGGUGAAGAGAAAUGUGCGCAGUUUGAGUGUGGAACUGGAGCCGAAGGUCGUCAAGAAACCCCUGAAUGACAGUCCGGAAUGGCGGCGAGUACGCCCACUGCCACUGCCGCUGGCACUGCCACUGCCGAAAAAGAUACUGAAGCAGCCUGUGCAGGAUCAGGAUCCGUUGGACUAUGUGGACAAUCGGGUGAGGAGGCUGCAACUAACCAGAAGUCCUGGUCUGCCCAAAAAGAAGCAUGUGACCUACAACGAAGAGGCCGAGGAGUAUGGCUACAUCGACGAUCGUGGGGAUACGGAAUCCAUUGAAACCGUUGAAAGUCGCCCUCGUCAGCAGCCAAAUAUGUCGACAGGAAGUCGACAUCAGCAGCAGCAGCAACAGCAACCACAGCAAUACCAGCAGCAACGUCAGCCGCCACCAAGAUCAUUUAUGGAAACUAGUCGAGCCAAGCCAUUAAAUAAUAAUAAUAAUAAUAACAACUACCAAGCCAGUGCCCGUGGUAGGAAAAUCUUGCCAAAAUUGCCAGAGAGUCCCACAGCACAGAUCGGUGAUGAGGCAACCUCGCCCCCUGCCGCUGACCCCCGUAAACACCUGCGCAGCAGCCUCUGCUUCAGCGGCGACGCUCUGAUGGUGGGCGGCCCGGCAGCGGCGUCGACGUCGACUGCGAAGUCGUUGGCGCGUCGCAGCUCAGCCGGGCAGCGAAUUAGCGUGGGCCUGCCGGAUUGAGAUAUUUUUGUUUAUUAAAUGCAAGUGCACAGAGAGAAAAAUAGUUAAAUAUAAUUUUUUAAGAGUAAUAAGGUUAUACUAUCUAUUACCUGUAAUUAAGGUAUGCUUUCUGUUGUUCAAUUAUAUGAAAACUCAUCUUAAAAUGAGAACUAGUUUUCUCUCAGUGCAUUGCAUUUGACACCAUCACAGAUUGCAACGUUAAUUGAAAUAAACAGCUGCAAAUAAAGCUGAGAUAGAAGAAAAAG